AUGACAAGAUUGGGCGUGGACGGGGAUAAAAAUGAAAGAGGACCAAAUGUUCUGGUCCAGACCAGAAGUAGAUCCAUUUUGGGGUGUCUAGAAACAAGAAAGUUUGUGUAUCUUUCAAGUCAAUUUUUUUUGAAAUGUCAAUCAAACAUUGUCAAUUUAAAUUCACCGUGUAUUAAUUCCAUCCUGGCUUUAACCGAAUUCAUUGCCGCUAAUAACACCGCCAGCCUCUCCCUCCUCAAAUACUUCACCAACAAUGAAAGGGAUGACUUCGUCGUUAGUACUUUCACCGCACAGGCACUCAUUUCUUUGGUAAAAUUGGGAGCGAAGGGUCUAACCCACGACCAAAUCCACACAGCCUUCGAGACGCCCCUCCAACCAGACUACAUAAAAUACGCCAUGAAGACCCUCCUGCCCCAGUUUCUCCACAACAAGAACUUCUUCCUCCAACUCGGCGCCAGGAUCUUCGCCCCCCUAGACACCACCAUAAAACAAGAAUUCACAUUAGUGGCCGAAAAAAUCUUCUUCAUCGAAGUAAAACAAUUGGACUUCCAGAAACCCGAAGCCGCAGCCGUGGCUAUCAACGUAUGGGUGCAACAACAAACGAACAAAAAAAUCCAAGAAGUGAUAGUUCCAACCGGGAUCAAACCAACCACGAAAAUGCUUCUAGUGGAUGCGGUUUACGUAUCGGGGGCUUGGACCAAACCUUUCCAGAAAAACCAAACUGUCAAGAGCCAGUUCUACAAAACUCCGGAUGAUGUAGUCACGGCAGAAAUGAUGGGUACCUGCGAGAGGUUUUUUUACUGCGAGAGCGAAACUCUAGACGCUAAGUUCUUGAAAAUGAGUAUCCUAGGAAGUACCGCGUUUAUGGUGGUGGUUCUUCCGAACAAGAGAGACGGUUUGAAAGCUCUCGAACAGAAAGUUGAGGACUUGUUGGUGGAGCAGAAACUUAAUUUGACGUUGGUGGAUGUGAAUCUUCCGAAGUUUCGGGUUGAAACCAGGAGCAGUUUUGUCCCGGUUUUGCGUCAGGUGAGGGUAUCGCAAGCGUUUGAGACAAUGGCGAAUUUUAGUGAAAUUUCGGAGAAGGAGCAACUGUGUGUGGAUGAUGUUGUGCAAUCUGCUGUGGUGGAGAUUCACGAGAGAGGGAUCGGGCAACCGAGGAGAGUACAUAAGGCGGGUAUAGUCGAAGACAGAGGUGCAGCAAAUGGAGCCAGCUUAAAGAGGGAAAGUUUCAUUGCCGAUCAUCCUUUUCUUUUUUACGUUAGUGCCGAGGACAUCAUCCUUUUCGUCGGCGGGUUUUGGCUCCCGAAGUAUUUUGAAAAAUAAAGUUUAAAGAACUACUGUCAGUCUUAAGGAAACAUAAGUUUUAAAAAAAUUGA